AGAUCACGCGCAUAGAGAGAAAGACAUCAACCACCUAACAAGAAAUCACACCAUGGCAUCAAUGCAGCUGCUGUUGCUUACAUCACUGUGUAUGACGUCACUAUUGGGCGUGGUCCAGACGGUCAAAAUACAGUCCUUUAAUGUCGGCCUCACAAACUUUAUAUCCCACUAUACAGAACGAUUACCACGCGUCAUCCGGGCACUGGAAUCCGGGGAUUAUGACGUCAUGUGUCUUCAAGAGGUAUGGUACGGAGAUGAUGUUGAUAAGAUAAAGAAUAAAUUAGAAAGAGAUGUUUUUACCUAUACACCGCCUUUGAACCAGGAAACGACGGCUUGGGGCUGGUUAAAUGCUCCUCCAUGCCCCAGUUUCGCAGCCCUAACGACUGCAGUGUGUAUAUUUAAACAUUGUAAAACCUUUGCGAGCGAUUAUGCAGCGCUCGUUAACUGUACCGUAGAAUGUGGAAUCAUGUCGCUAAGUCAGACCUGUAUUUCUUGCCUCGUCAUUUCCGGUAUGGAUAACGUCUAUCGCUGUUUUAACCCUCUGACGCGGGAGGCGAUGAAUGUCCCGGGAGUGAUGCUCCUGAGUAAGAAGAAGCUGAACUCAGUCACCUUCAAAUCAGUCUACUUUGAACCGAACGUGACACAGAUUUUCCCAAGAGCAUAUAUUGAGGCAGAAAUUGAAGAUGUGGGAACAGUCUUCUGCAGCCAUUCCACCUCCAAUGUGGCUUCCGAGUACUUUGAGCCAAACCUACGAGAAAAGUACUCAAGUUUUGCUGAACAAAAUCUCGCGGAUUCUCGCCAGUUGACAGAAGCAGCCCUCUUGACGACCAAACCGCUGAUCAUUGGAGACCUUAAUACUGGUCCCGGUGUGCCAGCCUUCAACGUCACUGCCGACUUCGAGGAUUCCUACAACCAUUUCUUGUCAGAGGGAUUCACAUCGCCUUACGUCACUAUGGUGGGACGCUGUACUUUCUGUAUUCAGAAUCCUCUAGUUUCAGGCUGGGAAGAAAAUAACGUGCUCGAUCACGUGUUAGUACGAAAUCACACAGUUCUCAGUGCUAAGCGGUUAUAUGUCGACAAUAUUCCCGGAAAAGAUGUCCCGAUGUCGGAUCAUUAUGGAGUUGAGGUGAAGAUUGCAAACUAAAUACCAGAACGAAGCUGGGUGUCCCGGAGACUUUUGAAAUGUCCACAACUUCCUUCCUUAUAACCGUACACGAACGUUCCGGAAAGGUGUUUUUUUUUGCAGAAAUAAUUGUAAAAUACUUUAACAAGAUAAGUGUGAUUUUCAACACCUCGCACUCAAAGGAACUAGACAGAUAACAGCUUGUGUGUUGUUGGAUUAAGACUUCUGCAGCUAAAUGUAAACUGCUUCAAAUCAGUGCAGUAGCUGUACACACAUUUUUUUUUCAUUUUUUUUUUUUAUAUAUAUAUAUUUUUUUUAUUCAUAUACACGAGUGACGUAAUACUUAGUUAAAAGCAUGGUAUACUGGUGGAGGUAUUUUAGUUUACGUGGAAAAUACUGUAAGUAGAAGACCUGUGCCCGUAUUCAUGAAACCGUUCUCAUGCUCAAGCAUGG